UGGAACGAGCGAAACUCUUCCUCCUACUGUGAAAGCGAGAGAGAGAGGACGGUGUUUUUCUUCUUUUUUCUUUUAGAACUCUCUCUCUCUCUCUGUUUCUCUCCUGCCCUAGAUCUUGAAAAGCUGCAAUCUUAGAUAAGGAUCUUCGACAAGUUCUCCAAUUUUCCUUGGAUCUUCGAAUCUCUUCAUCUCUGAGACGACCUCCGCCUCGGAUUAUUUGCUUCUUUUGCACAUCGCUUGGUUGUAAGCUUGGAGGUUGAAGUCAUUGGAUAAUAACCCUUUUGUAGUUAAGAUGCACGCGAGUUGAGAACUUAAGAAAGAAGGAAUGUGUAUUGGGAAACUGCUCUGAUGAGGUUCUUUGGAUGAAGAUACCUAAGGCGUGGUGGCUAGGCAUUGGAGAGAUGCAGGUCAUGCUGGCGCCGCGCCACAGACCUCCUUCGAGGAGGCCGUUGUGGAUUAUUAUCUUGGUUUCUUUGGUGUGUGUGUCACUGAUUGGGGCUUAUGUUUAUCCACCCCGCCAACAUACCCCUUGUUACUUAUUUUCUUCGAGCGUUUGUAGUCCUCUUAAGCAAUGGCUUCCACCUGCACCUGCCAGGGUCUUUACCGAUGAUGAGAUUGCAGCUCGCGUCGUCAUUAAGGACAUUCUGGACAUUCCAAAUAUUCAGUCAAAGAAUCCCAAAAUUGCAUUCAUGUUCUUGACUCCAGGUCGAUUGCCUUUUGAGAAGCUUUGGGAGAAAUUCUUUCGUGGCCAUGAGGGAAGAUUCUCCAUCUACGUUCAUGCAUCUAAAGAAAGACCUGAACAUGAAAGUCCUCUAUUUAUGAAUCGAGACAUUCGCAGCGAGAAGGUAAGCUGGGGCAAAAUUACCAUGGUCGAUGCAGAGAAGCGGCUUUUGGCAAAUGCACUCCUAGACACUGAUAACCAGCAUUUCGUUUUGCUUUCCGACAGUUGUGUACCACUGCAUGAUUUUGAUUAUGUGUAUAGCUAUCUGAUGGAUAUAAAUAUCAGCUUUAUUGACUGCUUCGAGGAUCCUGGUCCACAUGGAGCGGGCAGGUAUUCAGACCAUAUGUUGCCUGAGAUUGAAAAGAAGGAUUGGAGGAAGGGUGCACAGUGGUUUUCAAUGAAGCGACAGCAUGCUUUGAUAGUUUUGGCCGACACCCUUUACUACUUGAAAUUCAAGCAUUUCUGCAAGCCAGGUAUGGAGGGCCGCAACUGCUAUGCUGACGAACACUAUUUGCCUACCUUUUUCCAUAUGAUUGAUCCCAGUGGAAUUGCUAAUUGGUCAGUGACACAUGUGGAUUGGUCUGAAGGAAAAUGGCAUCCGAGAGCAUAUAGGGCUCAGGAUGUUACCUUUGAACUCCUGAAGAAUAUAACAUCUAUUGAUGAGAGUAUGCAUGUUACAAGCGAUGCAAAGGUCUUUGGUGUGCAAUGUGCACCUGCAGAAGGAAGUGCAGCGGAAGCCAUGCCUGUGGAACGGAUUGAAGCGGCCGUGCUAUUUAUUUGCAAGGAAGUUCUACCCCGAAACACUUGACAACUUGAUGCAAUAUUUCUCGAAUUAUACAAGUAUGUGAGCGGACCACCCUGUGAUUAUAAUUCUUCAGUCGAUCUUCGGCUUUUGGUCUCCAUCCUCGGUCCCUUAAACACUGUAAAAUGCAAACUUUUAGAUAGCUCAAGCCCCCUAAUCAAAUGCAUAAAAACAGACGAUGAUCAGCCGAGCAAUCAGGGUUAUGCUGCAAUGAAUGAUGAGCAGGGCUGAGCUGGCCACCAACUCACUGCACUGAUCUUUACAGUGCCCAUUGGAGGCGAUUGUUUUGCUCUCUCUCUCUAUGUUGUGUUGUUUUUUUUUUUUUUUAAAUAGAAAUAGAAAUAGAAAAUUUUGGUAAUCUGUUUUAACUGUUUUAUUGUUUGAUUAGAUUGUACACUAAGAACAUUGAAUCCGUUAGUAUUUGUUUGUAUUUUGAGACUUCUGAUCAAA